AGUGAAUUCCAAGGAGACUCAUGGGGAAGCUGCCAGCCUGACAUGUGUAAUUUACUGAUGAAGAUUGGUGCCAUGGAGGCCAGGAUGACAGCUAGUGAAUCUAAAGUGGAUACACUACACACCAUGAAUCAAGGUCUUGCAUUGCAACUGAGAAACACUGAGACCAGACUGACCACCACAGAGAUUGAGCUGAGAAACACUGAGACGAGACUGAGCACCAGUGAGAAGCAGGUGGAAGAACUGAAGGAGAAUGCAGUCAAAGAACAGGUGGUCUUCUCAGCUGGAUUUGGAUUUGAUGGUAACUACGGACACUUCAACACUGAGAUAACCCUGGUCUACAAAAAGGUCUUCAUCAACAUUGGCAACGGUUACAACAAGAUAACAGGUAUCUUUACAGCACCAGUACGUGGAGUCUACCACUUCACAUUCUAUCAUCACCAUUUGACCAUCAACAGAUGUCAAGCAUCACUGAAUAAAAAUGGGAUGGUCAUUUCAUCUAUUGCUUGUGAGAAAAACUAUGGAAUGGCCUCUAAUGGUAUCACAGUUCAGUUGGAGGUGGGAGAUCAGGUCUAUAAUCCCACUGUUCCUCCAUGUCUUUACCACUGCCCCCUACUGGCCCCCACUGUUCCUACAUGUCUUUACCACUGCCCCCUAUAG